UCCGAGCCGCACCUGAAAGCAGCAGGCGCCGUGUUGGACGCAGGGAUCGGACCAUGGCGAGCAGAGGGCUGACGGAGGAGGCCGUGUCUGCCAUCUGCAAGGAGGGCGACCCCAUCACCAAGGACUUCAUGAUGCAGCAGACCAUGCUCAGGGUCAAGGACCCGGCUCGAUCUCUGGCCUUCUACACGGGAGUCCUGGGCAUGACGCUGCUGCAGAAGAUCGACUUCUCCUCCAUGCGCUUCACCAACUACUUCCUGGGCUACGAGGAGAAGGCCGACAUCCCCGAGGACGUGAGGGAGAGGACGGCGUGGACCUUCUCUCGCCGGGCCACCGUCGAGCUCACACAUAACUGGGGCUCGGAGAAAGAUGAAAACCUGUCCUACAACAGUGGGAACUCUGAACCGCGAGGAUUGGUCACAUCGGCAUCGCCGUCCCCGACCUCGAAGCCGCCUGCAAAGUGUUUGAGGAACAAGGAGUCACGUUUGUCAAGAGGCCAGACUCAGGUAAAUGAAGGAUCUGGCCUUCAUUCAGGAUCCUGACGGUUACUGGAUUGAGAUCUUAAGUCCUUGUAACAUGGUGUCCUUGAUGUUGCCGUAGAGAUUUUUGUGGUGAAGUGACCUCUUGAGGACGCGGUUGAAACUAAAGACGACUGAUUUUCACCUCCUUUCUCUUAUCUGUCCUCUUAUUGAACAUUUGCUAUUAAAAAAAUAAUACAGGC